AUGGGACUCUUCGACAUCCCCAGCUCGAAGGGCAACGGUCUGGUGCCUGAGAGGCCACCAAAGGGCCACUUCUUCUUUGCUGGCCGCACCUUUCCCCGAGUCAAGUGGUGGAGAAAUGGUCGUCUUCGGAAAUUAUACUUCUACAUCGUCAUCCUCGUCCUAACCAACACGGCAAAUGGCUUCGACGGUUCCAUGAUGAACGGUCUUCAAGCACUUCCCUACUGGCAAGAGUACUUCGACUACCCCAAAGGCUCUAUCCUGGGCUUCUUCAAUGCCUGCAUGUCUCUCGGUUCUCUCAUCGGUCUCCCCUUCUGCCCCUUCAUCGUCGAUCGAUACGGCCGCAAAAUGGGUAUUCUGAUCGGCAGCCUUUUCCUCAUUCUCGGUGUGGCGCUGCAAUCUGCUGCCUCUGGUUUCGGCAUGUUCGUCGGCGGCCGCUUCUUGCUCGGUUUCGGCAUGUGCAUUACGCUCUCUUCUGCGCCGCUGUUGAUCGCCGAGCUGUCGCACCCACAGGAUCGUGCUAUUCUGUCCACUUACAUGGGCUGUACAUACCACUCCGGCGCUUUCAUUGCCGCCUGGACGACCUACGGCACCCUGAAAAUCCCAUCGAACUGGGCUUGGCGCCUGCCAUCGCUGUUGCAGUGCGUUUGCACUAUCAUCAUCCUCUGCUUCCUCUACUGGAUCCCGGAGUCUCCCCGUUGGUAUGUGGACAAAGACAUGCCUGAGAAGGCGCUUGAUGUCCUCGCCUACUACCACGCCGAUGGCAACAAGGAUGACGAGUUCGUUCAACUCGAGUACACCGAGAUUCGAACUGCCCUCGCGCUCGACAAGCAAAUGGACCGCUCUUCGCGAUGGACCGAUUUCCUCAAGACCCCCGGCAACCGCAAGCGUAUUGGUCUCAUCUCCGCAAUUGGUCUCUUCUCUCAGUGGUCCGGCAAUGGCAUCAUCUCGUACUAUUUGUCCAAGGUUCUCAUCAGUAUCGGCAUUACCUCUCCCAGCGAGCAGCUAGGUCUCAACGGUGGCAUGAAGGCUGCCGCUCUUGUGGUCAACUUUGUAUUUGCCCUUUACGUUGAUCGAUUUGGUCGCCGGCCUAUUUAUAUGAUUUCGACGGUUGGCAUGCUCGUUGCCUUCACCAUCAUCACCAUCAUCUCCGCACGAUAUGCUAUCACUGGUAUGGAUGGGUUGGGCAACGGUGUUGUCGCCAUGAUCUUUUUCUAUGACUUCUUCUACAACUUCAAGUCCGGCUUGAUGUCGACCUACACUACGGAAAUCCUGCCUUACGGUCUUCGCGCCAAGGGCUACGUGUGGCUGAACUUCACCGUCACCCUUGCUCUGUUCUUCAAUCAAUACGCCAACUCGCCGGCCCUCGAUGCCCUUGCAUGGAAGUACUACAUCUUCUACUGUGUCUUCCUCGCCUUUGAAGUUGUCAUCAUCUACCUGUACUUCGUGGAGACACGCUACACCCCCAUGGAGGAGAUUGCGAAGUACUUCGAUGGUCCCGACGCCGGUGUGGCACACGUGGCCGAGAUGACCCUGCAGCAGCGAGAGAAAGAGACCGAGGAGGAGGGCAAGUCGACGGUUGGAGUGCAGGAGGUGGAGGUCUCCACUGAGCGUAACAAUACCGUGAGAUGA